GAAGCCGCCAGAGGAAUUUCUGCAACUCGGAUAUGUCGGGAUUGAGCGGCAGAAAGAAUCGUCAAUGGAGGAUCCUCAAUGGCAGCGACCACUGGAAGGACCUCAUCGACCCUCUGGACGACGGCCUGCGCCGGACGCUCAUCCACUACGGCGAGUUGGCUCAGGCGGCCCACGACGCCUUCAUCACCGAGAGGUUCUCCAGGUUCGCCGGCGACUGCAGGUACGCGCGCGCCACCCUCCUGGAGAGGUGCUGCGUGGGGAGCGCCUCCUACUACGAGGUGACCAAGAACCUGUACGCGACGUCGAGCGUGCCGGUGCCGGAGGCGCUCAUGGUGAAGUCGCUGUCGAGGGAGGCGUGGAACAGGGAGUCCAAUUGGAUGGGGUUCGUGGCCGUCGCCACCGACGCCGGAAAGGCGCAGCUGGGGAGGAGGGAGAUCGUGGUGGCGUGGAGGGGCACGAGCAGGCCGUUGGAGUGGAUCAACGACCUUCAAUUCAACUUGGUCUCGCCAUCGAAGCUCUUCUCCGGGGAUGAGAGCAGGUGGUCGGUAGGCGCCACCGGAGAGGCGGCGAAGGUGCAUGAGGGAUGGUUGUCCAUCUAUACCUCCAACGACCCUCGCUCGCCUUACAAUCAAACUAGUGCAAGAGAUCAGUUAUUGAACGAGGUGAAGCGUCUCAUCGAGUUGCACAAGGACGAAGAACUGAGCAUAACCUUCACAGGCCACAGCCUAGGUGCUGCGCUGUCCACCCUCAGUGCAAUGGACAUUGCGGCUAAUGGCAUCAACAAGGUGCGGGGCAUUAUACUUGACAGGCAGAUCCCGGUGUCCGUCCUCGUCUUCGCGUCGCCGAAGGUCGGAGACGCCGCAUUCCGGCAGGUCUUCUCCAAGAUCGAUUCUCUCCGUCUGCUGCGCGUCGCAAACGCGCCGGACAUAGUGCCGGCAUACCCACUGCUGGGAUAUGAGGAAGUUGGUGUGGAGCUAACCAUCGACACUAGAAAGUCUCCCUACCUCAAGGGUCCUGGAGACUUCUCAAGUUGGCAUAAUUUGGAAGCUUACCUUCAUGGCAUUGCCGGAACACAAGGCACGAGAAGCAGUGAGUUCAGGCUUCAAGUGGACAGAGACAUAGCUCUGGUUAAUAAGCAUUUGGAUUUGUUGAAAGAUGAGUACCUUGUUCCUGUUUCUUGGUGGGUGGAGAAGAACAAGGGGAUGAAGAAAGGGGCUGAUGGACACUGGAAGUUGGUUGAUCAUGAAGACGACGAUGCAUGAGUCUGCGCGAUGGGCACCAUGCUCGAGAUGGAUUCUGUUCGCACUCUAAAAUACAGCGAUUUGUAUUGGUUGCGAAGGUGGUGGAAUAUCCUUCCGCUCUCUUUGAUAGUUGGUGCCUCGUAGGGCAGGGAAAGUUCAAUUAAUUACUUGAGUACUCAACCAGCUCGAGUGUGAAACUCUUGCAACUAUAAACGAUUUAGAGUUGCAUAUCAACCUAAGUCUUGCAGUAAUUAGACAACUAUGUAUCAUGGAGAAUGAAACUAAUAAUCAAUAAGUUUAUAUAACAAUAAUAUGAUUUAAUCA